AUGUCUAGAUACAGGCUUCCUGGCGCAGCAACGAUCCCAGUUUUACCUACCGACGGUCGAGUAAAAGUCCUUGCCCAUCUUUUCGAGCCCUGCGAUGCAUUGAAUACUCUUGCGCUGGAGUACCUGGCCACUGGGCCGUUCGAUAACUAUGAUGAGGUUAUCACUUUGAUCAAGCAACUACUUAUAGACCUCAAAGACACCGAUUCGCCGUCGAAUACAGCCUGGCUGCUGAAAAUUCUUGCAGCACAUCCAAGGUUGGGGGAAAAGAGGAUCGACAGCGAGCAUUCGAGGCUUGAGCAGGCCAGUCUCACAGCGGAGAGUGAGGAGGAGGCGAUCAAGCUGAAGGCCCUGAAUAAACAGUAUGAAGAGACGUUUCCUGGUUUGAGAUAUGUCGUUUUCGUCAAUGGCCGUAGUAGGGCACUUAUUAUGGAAGAUAUGGAGCGAAGAAUCGCUCGAGGAGAUAUUGAAGUCGAGAAAACAGAAGCAAUCAACGUGCUCCCCGCCCUUUCCAUCUCCCCCUCUUCAACCUCCUCGUUAUAUUCCUGCCCCACUAUGCCCAGCUUCUUCUCCCAAGGCAAUGUGCGAUAUUGCAAGGGACAGAGUCGACAAGCUCCUUCCGUCAUAAACCCAGAUGCCAAACCAAAGGACAAAAAUCCGACCGCCACAUACCAUGAGAAAUGA